UGGGGGUGUAUGUUGAGAACUGGAUGCCAGUUUCUUGUAUACCGUACUACCUCCCCUGCCCAGAGAUAUUCAACAUGAAGCUCCAGUACAAGGGGGCGGAGCCAGCACAGCCUGUGGGCGGGUUGGAGUACCUUCAGCCCAAGCUGCUGGAGCAGAGGCCCACGGAGCUGCUGAUGCUGACACCCUGGCUGGCGCCCAUUGUCUCCGAGGGCACCUUCAACCCAGAGCUGCUGCAGCACCUGUACCAGCCGCUGAACCUGACCAUCGGGGUCACCGUGUUUGCCGUGGGGAAGUACAGGCCAUUUGUCCAGCACUUUCUGGAAUCAGCUGAGGAGUUCUUCAUGCGCGGUUUCCGGGUGCACUACUCCGUCUUCACUCCCAACCCCGCAGCCGUUCCCAGCGUUCAGCUGGCCCCUGGCCGCCGCCUCAGCGUGAUUCCCACCCAGGACCACUCCCACUGGGAGGAGAUCUCCAUGCGAUGGACGGAGAUGAAGAAGCACAUUGCUGGGAGGGCCCACCGGGAAGUGGACUACCUCUUCUGCCUCCAUGCAGACAUGACCUUUCGGAACCCGUGGGGCCCUGAGACCCUGGGGGACAUGGUGGCUGCCAUCCACCCGGGCUACUUCUCUGUACUCCGCCAGCAAUUCCCCUAUGAGCGCAGGAGAGCUUCUACUGCCUUUGUAGCAGACAAUGAGGGGGACUUCUAUUAUGGUGGGGCAGUCUUUGGUGGGCGAGUGGCCAACGUGUAUGAGUUUACCAGGGGAUGCCAUAUGGCUAUCCUGGCGGACAAAGCCAAUGGCAUCGUGGCAGCCUGGCAGGAAGAGAGCCACCUUCAUCUCACACAACCAUCUAAGGUGCUGUCCCCUGAGUACCUGUGGGAUGACAGGAAGCCCCGGCCACCCAGCCUGAAGCUGAUCCGCUUCUCCACACUCGACAAGGAGACCAGCGUGCUGAGGAGCUAACUGUGGACA